AGAAGUAAAAAAAAAAAAAAAAAAAAAAAAAAAACCUGAGCCAUCAUCCCGGAGCUGGCGGAGCGGGGUCACGAACUAUGACCUUUAACAGAAGAAAACCAAAACAAACAUUUUAUAAAAUAGAGGAACGUCCUAAAUUCGCGGCCGCCGUCCCCCGGAGACCUCACUAAUGACCUUACAUCAUCAUGACAACGAGCCUGAAUCUGCUCUCUCAGCAGAAAGUGGAUUCUGAGCACGAGGCAGAGGCGUCAUCCUCUCCAUCAGACUCAGUGAUGAGUGAGUCUCCGCAGCGCUUUCAGGUCAUCUCCACUGAGCCUGCCACAACACCACAGCGAAUACAGAUUGUAACUGACCAGCAGACAGGUCAGAAGAUCCAGAUAGUAACAGCGAUGAACCCGUCCAAUGCUACCAAGCAGCAGUUCAUUCUCACUACGGCUGACAGCUCAGGGGCGGGCAAGGUUAUCCUGGCCUCAUCAGACAGCCACAACACUAAGCAGCUCAUCAUCACUUCUGCAGACAACCUGAUGCCAGGAAGAAUACAGAUUGUCACAGAUCCAGUGUCAAUGGAACGGUUGUUAGGGCAGUCGGGGGACUUGAGCCGAUCACAGCCAGUAGAGUACUGUGUGGUGUGUGGGGACAAGGCUUCAGGGCGUCACUAUGGAGCCGUCAGUUGUGAGGGAUGUAAAGGCUUCUUCAAGAGGAGUGUGAGGAAGAACUUGACCUACAGCUGCCGCAGCAAACAGGACUGCAUCAUCAACAAACACCACCGCAAUCGCUGCCAGUUCUGUCGGUUGAGCAAAUGCCUUAAGAUGGGGAUGAAGACUGACUCUGUUCAGAGUGAGAGAAAACCCAUCGAUGUAGUGCCCAGAGAGAAACAUGCCAACUGUGCUGCCUCCACCCAGAAGAUCUACAUUCGUAAGGACCUUAACAGUCCGCUCAUCGCCACGCCAACCUUUAUCUCAGAUACAGAGACAGAUGGCUCCAGAUCCAGCCUGCUGGACCAGGGGAUGCUGGUUAACAUCCAGCAGCCUGUCAUCCAAAGUGAUGGCACUUUGCUGCUGGCCACUGACUCAAAGAUGGAGUCUGGGCAGGGGGACUUGGGAACACUAGCUAAUGUGGUGACAUCAUUGGCCAACCUGAGCGACUCAUUGAAAGAAAAUCUAAACAAUGGUGACACCUCAGACAGUCAACAAGAGGAGCAAUCUGCCAGCGAGAUAACACGUGCCUUUGACACCCUGGCCAAAGUCUUCAACCCACCUGAAAUACGGGUCGGACAUAGUCUGACAGAGAAAUCGCAGUGUGUCGGUGGAACAACAAUCCAGCUGAUUGGUCGAGACCAGGAGACCCCCAUCAUUGAGGUGGAGGGACCACUGCUCACUGACAGCCAUGUUGGCUUCAAGCUGAGCAUGCCCAGCCCAAUGCCAGAGUAUCUGAACGUACACUACAUCUGUGAAUCGGCAUCCAGGCUUCUCUUUCUAUCCAUGCACUGGGCACGCUCCAUCCCUGCCUUCUCAGCUCUUGGUCAGGAGGCAAACACCAGUCUGGUGCGAUCCUGCUGGAAUGAGCUGUUCACUCUGGGUCUUGCUCAGUGCGCUCACGUGAUGAACUUGUCGACCAUCCUCACUGCCAUCAUCAACCACCUUCAGAGCAGCAUCCAGGAUGACAAACUUUCAGGGGACAGGGUGAAGCAGGUGAUGGAGCAUAUUUGGAAGUUCCAGGAGUUCUGUAACAGCAUGACGAGAUUGGAGACCGACAGCUAUGAAUACGCCUACCUGAAGGCUAUAGUGUUGUUCAGCCCUGAUCACCCAGGUGUGGACAGCAGUGGGCAGAUUGAGAAGUUCCAGGAGAAAGCACUGAUGGAGUUGCAGGACUAUGUGCAGAAAACGUAUCCUGAUGACAUGUACAGGAUGACCCGUAUCCUGACUCGUCUCCCCGCCCUGCGCCUCAUGAAUUCAAGUAUCACAGAGGAGCUCUUCUUCACUGGCUUGAUAGGUAACGUCUCAAUUGACAGCAUAAUUCCGUACAUCCUUAAGAUGGAGACGGCUGAAUAUAACAGCCAGGACUCUGAUGCCACAGAAUAACAUCCCACCACUUCAAGACCCAGAUCUGUCAAUGUAAACAUGGUACUCUCUUUGUCUCCCAGAGGGUUUAUUUUUGAACCUCGAUCUAAAAUGCUGCAGCAGCUCCUUGUUUUCUAAUGAUGCAAAGUGCAAAGUCAUUCAGGAUCCCUGGUAGAUUAGACAAUCUGGCACUGGAGAGCCUGGAUGACACCUGGAUUAUUCUCUGGAGCAGACACUGUGUUGCAAUCUUGAGUUUCUGACCUAAAUUCAGCCACACUGAAUUAGAUUAAAAAGAAAUUCUCCUCAGCUGCAGCUGAGCUUAUUUUUUGCAACGUCUUUAUAGCACUUAAAGCUUGUUACCUAUGAACUUAACCCUCUGACCUAAGCAUUUCAAUUUGUUUUAGUCUUCCCUAAGCCUUACUAUGCUUUCAUGAUUAUUGCAUAAAUCAUUUGCUGAUAUGAGGUGAGAUAAAUAAAGAAACAGUCCAGAAUCUAAAGAUCUGAGAUGGAAUUUGACAUCUAGAAUUGGAUUUUCAUGUGUUUAAAAACACAAAUGUCAAAGAUUAUCGUAAAUGGGACUAUUUUCUUUUAAAAUGUGCUUUAAAGUAUUUAUUUAUUUUUGCUUUUCUUUCUCGUGUAUAAUUGUGCUUUUUAAUUGAGAGUUCAGACUUAAUAAGAUUAAGUGUGACAUAUUUUAUUUUUUCUUCUCUUUUUUUGAAAGAGACAGAAUUGACACGAAUGAACAGAUCUUUACUUUAAGAAAAAUUUAAAUAAUCAUUUAUCAUAAUCAUAAUAAUUUUAAUCAGUUAUAUGAGGUAACUCACACCUCAAUCAUUACUUUGCAAAGUAUUCAUAUGCAGUGGCCAUCACAACAUUGAGCUACCACAUAGCUCAGUACAAUGUGACCAGUGAUUUUAUUUUGUCUUUCAGUUUGAAUUUACAUUCUGAAAACCACAAAUUCGCAGAUUAAAUUCACCACAUGUCCUGUAUUUACAUAGAAUGACAUCUUAGAGUUUAGGUUUGAGAGAGUUGUUAUGUUAAGGUACAUGAUUAUGUUUCUUAAACUUUCUUUUCUAAGCCGUGCAAUCACCUCAUUGCUUGUCCUUCUACGACAAUCAUACGUGUUGUUUCCUUCUGAUGCAUCAGUGUCACAACUGUUCCUCUCAAUCUACAUUUUAUAUGUGUAUUUAUCAGUGGCAAUUAUUUCUUUUACAGAAUUGUUUUAAAAUGUUUGGUUCAGAAAUGUUUAGUGUUGCUAUGCUGCUUUUCUGUUUUCUGCUAAGUGCACAUUAAUCAGAUUAUGAGGCGUUCCACUGCUUUCAUGCUGACUAAAACUUUGUGUUCUCUAUGUUUUCUAAAGAAUUGUAUUUGUUUUAAACAAAUUUGCUUCUUGCAUACUAAGUGUACUUAAAGUACUUUUGGGCAGGUUUCCCUGGUUAAAAAAAAAAAAAGAAGAAAAAUAGUGAAAAUAUCUUCUGGGAAGCCAGUCUCCUGUGUCAGUGUGUCCCUUGCAUCGCCUGGGGAGAGAACAUCUUUGGCACUGUCACCAGUUAACUUUGAUCUUAGUUUUAGAAGGAUUUAUUGCACUUGUUGGAAAGUUUUUAUUGUACUCAUUAUAAAAAAUUGUCAAAAUGUGACAGAAGAGAAAUGUGACUCUCAAUGAGCUACAAUUAUGCGAGUGCACUUAAAUUAGGUACAAUAAAUAAUUUGAAUAUUUCAUAUAUUAGAUUUUUGAAAGAAUUUUCUCUCUUUUGUUGGGCCGGUCUGCCCUCCCAAGGCAAUGGUAUGGGAAACACUGAAUGUCUUGAGGACAAUUUGGAAACAUGCAAUGGUUUACCCACUUGUAUAAUGGUUCAGAAGAAAGAUCCACAGCAACAUGAAUGAUGAUGGGGAUAUAAAGAAGUUAGCAAUUAUUAUGUCUUGUGAAGUUAAUGUCGGUUGUAAUGUCAGUUGU